AUGUCCAAAGAGAGACGCUUGUGCACUCAAAAGCGGCGUCGACGGGACAGCGACCACGCAACCGCCCAGCUCGUCUUGGAAUCGCUAAUCCAGGAGCUGCCAGCCUGUCGAGGUCACGUCACGCAUAUGGACUACGAGCGGCAAACACUGGCUCUGCCCACGACGGAGCUUUUCCUCUUCUCCCUCGAGCCAAUCUUUGCUGGCGUCCGUGAUCCGCGCGAGAAGCUCGAGCUGCUCGACACGGCGCACGGCGAGAAACAGCAACAAAGUCAUUGUCAGCCCAUCCCACUGCAAUUCGCACGUCUCCGUGCCCGCAGGUCGUCAUGGGGCAUGGCCCUCUGCACGCGUCGAAGGGACCCGUCAGACGUCGCGGGAAUUCUCCGUGCAUAA